AUGUUCAGUAUUCCGGAAUGCUUUACCCCUGAUAUCAUGCACUUCGAGGGUCCCAAUAUGGGUUCCCUCUUCACCGAUUUGUGGCGUGGCACAAUGAAGUGUGACGCCUCAGAUAAUAAGGAGUUGUGGGACUGGGCAGUGUUCUGCGACAAAGCCAUUUGGACAGAUCAUGGUGCCACUGUAGCCGCAUGUGCGCAAUAUCUCCCUGGCUCAUUUGAUCGGCCCCCUUGUAAUCCCGCCGAGAAGAUUAAUACUUACUACAAAGCCUGGGAGUUUAUCCUAUGGCUGUGGGGCCUUGGUCCAGGUCUUCUCUAUGGCAUCUUGCCCGACAAGUACUGGCAAAAUUAUUGCAACUCACAGGUACUUUUGCGAGUGGGACCAUGCGCACACCAGGGCAAUCAUUUAGCAGCUGAAGGCUUUCGAUCUGUCAUUGGUAUGCUUGGGAUGGAGAUUUGGCAACCUUCCAAUCCAUUUUUGAAUCUCACCUUCCUCGCCAUUCGCCGCUGCCAGAUCAACACACUUAAAGUUAUGAUUCCGGACUUAGAACCACCCGACAAUCCACUUCCUAAUUAUUCUGUCGAUCUCGGGGGUGGUUACAUUCUCCUCAGGGCUCGUGACAGAUACAAUUAUCGUCCGGGUGAGACUGAGACACAAUUGAUUCGUGAAUUCCUCGAUGGGGCCCGUUCCGAAGUUCAAGCGCUGGGCAAGACUGCGACUUCCCAAUGGGCAGAUCGCUCGCUGUGCAUGGAAGGAAAAACUCAAGCUUGCAGAGAAUGUCUGCAUGUCUCCAUCAACAACAAGAGCGAAAUUGCGGAAGUUUUAUACUUUGCGCAGCUGGCUGUUACGGUCCAUGCAGACGACAUCAAUGAGGACGACAAUGACGAGGAGUUCGAGUACAUUGACGAUGAAAUCUACCACUUUGUCACCGUCGCAAUGGUCUCUGUCUAUUCUCGCCCAGACCCAGAACUACUGCAGAAGUCAGCACAGACCGUUUGGUCAUGCACAUAUCAUGGCAAUGAGGCGCUGCAGCUAGUCAGCAUGAAAACAAUACAUUCUGUAGUUGCUAUGGUACCUCAUCGUCCUAAACUCCCAUCAGGAUUGGUAGAGGAUCGCUUUUUUCUGGUUGAGAAGCCUGGGCUUGGUUUGGUGUCUGUUGAUGAGGAGAUGGGAGACGAGGCUGACGAGGCUGAAUAG